AAAUUAGGACUUUAAAUGAUUAAAUGGCAUUUUCAGGUAAAUGUCUUAUAUUUAUCAAUUUUCAGUGUGCGAGAYGAACUUGAAGUGCACGUUUCUAACCUCGCGCCUAUUACAAGUGAUGAUGUCAAAGUCCCAUUCUUUAACAUUCUCCUCACGGGGCAAAUAGGGUCUGGUAAAUCCAGCUUUUUCAACAGUCUCAACAGYCUCUUUAAUGGUCGCAUUAUAGCGGGCAAAGCUGAUAYUGGAGAAACUGCACAAAGCUUAACUAAAGAGUAUCGGGUUUACGAAAUCAAGUCACACCCUAWGGCCCMACCGAUGGCAUGGAGGAUUUGUGAUACAAUGGGAUUGGRAGAUAACACAACAGAAUCUGAUAUUAGGAACUUAUUGAGAGUAGUAGAUGGCCAUGUACCAAACGGGCACACGUUUACCCCAGGUAAGGAUUUCAAUAUAGAAUCAGAAGGAUACAUCUCCAAUCCUACACUUGCUGAUAAAGCCCACUGCAUUGCUGUGGUAAUUAAUGGCCAUUCAGCCGAAGUGAUGAGGGGUGAUAUGUGGAGAAAACUUCGAAGUUUGCGGGAGGGACUCAUUUCAAGGAAUAUUCCUACCUACAUUAUACUUUCCCACAUUGAUGAGGCAUGCCCUGAAGUAUCUAGAGAUGUGACAAAAGUCUACCGCAGUAUCAAAGUUCGUGAUAUUGUGACUAAAGUGGGCAAGCAACUAAUGGGUCUUCCUGAAAACCAGAUCUUUCCUGUCAAGAACUACAAAGAGGCAGUAGAUUUGGAUGACAACAUGGAUAUCUUGCUUCUGUAUGCUGUUCGUCAAAUGCUUUACUCCUGCCAAGGUCACAUUGAGAACAAGAUGUAGAAUUGUAGAAGAAUCGUUUUUUSAAUUUUGUGUUUUUUAAAUAUCAAAUAUAGCAUCAUAGCCUAGUUAGAUUGGCCAAUAGUGAAAAAAACCGUACUACAUCAAAUAGAUGCUCUUAAAAUACUAUUAACAUAAACCUUGACGUUAAUUAGUUUAUUUGUAUUUAAUUAAGUCUCAUGAAUCAAUACAAUGUCAAUGAUGAAAAACUUUAMAUAAAGAUCUUUUAAGUCUUA